UGUGUUGAUAUAUUUUUAAUUAGUGAUCGACAAUUUAUUUACGAGAACACAUAAAAUACAAAAAAGUGGUAAAAUAAUUUACAUUACAGUCUAGUGAUGUGUUCGACUUGAAAGCAGGCGCAUAAAUAUAAAAAAAAAAUUAGAACACUGCAGAAAUUCAAGCCAACAUGAAUAAAAUUGAAGUGAAGAUGGGUUCGAAAGCAGUGGUCGUCGUAAGAGAUACUUCUCAAGAAGUUAUGGUGAAGAAACACUUGGAAGUCGAAUUGGAAGAAGCUUUGGACUUGGCUGGCAUGGGCAAGUACCAAGUGUUCCACUGUGCGCUGAUGCUGGCUACAUUGGCUUCUGCGAUCAUAGAGAUCAUAGGCAACGCGUUCAUACUGCCUGCAGCUGCUUGUGACCUUGAGUUACCUGAGAGUCUGAGAGGGAUCAUCACUUCUGUGCCUAAUAUUGGGGUGAUAUUGACAGCUCCCCUAUGGGGUCGAGCAGCGGACACGCUUGGCAGAAAGCCGGCGCUGCUGACGUCAUCAGCGGCCGCAGGGGUCAUUGGCCUCACCGCCAGCCUGAUGCCAGGACUCCGGUCUUAUGCGCUUUGCAAACUUGCUGGGUCACUUUUCCUGGCCUGCCCCUCAUCCGUGGGUUUCGCGUAUGCCGGCGAGCUGGUGCCGAGAAGACGCCGAGACAUCGCCCUGCUGACCGUCAACGGGUUCCUCACCAUAUCUGCUGUCUUCAGCCCUGUGUUCGCAUGGGCAGUGCUGUCUUCCGACUGGCGCUACAACCUCUCCUCGCUGACCCUGCGACCCUGGCGCCUCCUCACAGCUGUGUACGCGAUGCCACUGAUUCUGUCCGCUUUGUGGAUGACCAGGGCCAAGGAGAGUCCCAAGUUUCUCAUGUCUAAGGGCAGGAGCGACAAGGCUCUGGACGUCUUGAGACAUAUCUUUAAGACGAACAGUGGCUUGCCUUCUGAAGAUUAUUGUGUGACGUCACUAAGGCUAUCAGCUGAGGAGUCAAGUCCAGACAUGAUGGAGGAGGAUUCGCAGGUGGAACUGGCUCCCAAAGCUAGGCGUGAGUCGGCACUGGCUCUGCUCAAGCCACCGCAUUUAAAAUGGCUGGCCAUCACCGGGUUCCUCAUGUUUGGGCUUUUUUCUUUAUUGAACGGGCUUUUCAUGUUCGCGACGGACACGAUCAACAAAGCCAUGAGAGGGUCCUCAGAUGAAGUGGGCACCGUGUGCAUUCUGAUGAACCAGGCUGAUAAUCAGACAACGACAGGAGCUUGCCAAGACGACAUAUCGCACGACACGUUCCUGAUCAUGGUGGUGACGACUCUGGUGUACGGGCUGGCGGUGAUGGCAGUCAGUCUCUGUCCCGUCUCCAAGCGUGCGCUGCUCGUCGGCAUGUACUCCACUACUGCUGUGGCUUGCCUCUUGUCAGGGCUGCUAACUAACCGGAUGGUGGCAGGAGCAGCCAUGUCAGCUCUCCAGAUCACCGCGCUGGGCGUGGGGCCGCUUACGGCUUACGCGGUGAAUCUCUUUCCCACCAGUUUGAGGGGCACAGCGGUUGGUGCGGUGCUGAUGUGUGGUCGGCUCGGGUCCGUGGUUGGUGCCAACACUGCUGGCUACUUCCUCGCCGUCGCCUGCACCACCACCUUCUACGGGUUCACUGCUCUGCUCUUCUUGUGUGCAGGCCUCAGCUUCCUCCUGCCAAUAGAAGAAACACAAAAACCGGAAACCAGCUCACCAACAACAAAAUACAUACAAACAGACAGUAGAUAAUAUCUAUAAAGCCUCUUGUAUCCCACGUAUUAGUUAAUAAAAAUAAUUGACAUUAGUUUUAUACCUAUAAAAUAAAGAUAUUUUUU